AUGACUGAAAAUAAGUGUUUACCAAUACUGUUGAUAAGCACUAGUGGUUUCACCUGUGUCGAGAAAUUUUUAGCUGAUCUAGUGGAAGAUCACCAGCCUGCUGACGGUAUCGAUACAAGCGGAAGCCGCGUGUGGCGCAUACAGAACAAGUACUACCGCGCCGAUGUGCGUCUGCUCGUCUGGCCGGACGGAGUGCCACCGCCGCCCUACCUCGGCGGCCGUUUUGAAGCGCACGUCAUCCACUUGCGUGUAAAUGAGGGCGAGGAGGAAGCCGAGAGGCGUGCGAUGGCUGCAUAUGCCGGAGGGGGACGACCACACAUCCGCCUGGCAGUCUUCGAAGGGCCUGAGACCGACGGCCUGGUCGCCUGGGGCCUGCGCCGUCGAUUCGAGCUCGUGCCCCUGACGUCCAAAGCCGAAUCAGACGACGAGUGCGGAGCGGACAGAGCGCGAGCCGCGCUACACGCGCACAUGUGGCCAGGCCUGGAGCGAGUCGACUCGUUCGGUGCAAUCUGCCGUCCGCCGGACUCGCUCUCGGGGAGCAGCGACGAAGCGGACGAAGACGAAGAGCAGUGGGGCGAGUGGGAGGCGUGGGGAUUGGUGGGAGCGGCGCGUGAAGCCCGCGGGGCUCUCGGGGCCGAGCCGGACGCCGAGCGGCGGCUGAGAGCGGAGACACUGCUGCAGGCCUUUCUGUCCACGUUCAGGCCUCGCGCUCCUUGA